AUGACUCACGUGGGGCUAUCGUUUUUAAAUGCAGAAUUAUUUUAAACCAUUGAAAAAACUCAUUAGCUAUUCAGUUUGGCAGACUUGAACCGUAAAACUGGUUCUGUUGCGUCCAAAGUUUAGGUUAAUUGUCAUCGUCUUUGCGAUGCAUCGAUUUUUACUCCUCGUCCUAUUUUUACCAAUUUUUCGUUGUGAAAACGUUACAAACAGUGUCAAAUGUUCGUUUGAAAACCUCUCGGCUUGUCCUUACAAUCCGGACGCCGAUUUAGAUACACCCCAAAUCGCCCGAAGACAUGGCUAUCCGGCCGAAUCUCACUACGUCACAACGGAAGACGGCUACAUCCUCACAAUUCAUCGCAUCCCAGGGCCUAAGAGCGGCCAACGUGGGGGCCAACCUGUCUUUCUCCAACACGGGCUGCUUUCGAGUAGCGCCGAUUGGAUAACGGCAGGGAAUAACUCCCUAGGUUUUAUAUUGGCCGAUGCCGGGUAUGACGUCUGGAUGGGUAACGCUCGAGGUAACACUUACUCCAAAGCUCAUGUUACUCUACCGAUCGAAAGCCCCCAAUAUUGGAACUUUAGCUGGCACGAGAUGGGAGUUUAUGAUCUCCCAGCUGCACUCUACUACGUCAGUAACACAACAAACAAACCGGGCGAAAUAAUCUACGUGGGGCACUCGAUGGGGACCACAAUGUUUUUCGUUUUGGCUUCAACUAAACCACAAGCCGCCAAAAACGUAAAACUGAUGGUAGCCCUAGCACCGGUGGCUUAUAUGACGCAUGUGAAGUCCCCAAUUCGGUAUUUGUCGCCCUUUGCUUACGAUUUCGAAUGGCUGGCGCGAUAUUUGGGUCUGAAUCAAUUUCUGCCCAACAGUAAAAUAAUGAAGUUUUUGGGGUACGAUUGCGAGUUGUUGAAAAUCGAUAAGGAAAUUUGCGAAGACGUUAUUUUCACUUUGUGUGGUUUUGAUAAAGAGGAGUUCAAUGAGGAGCUCUUGCCGGUUGUUUUGAGUCAUGAUCCUGCAGGAUCUUCCACCAAAACAGUCCUACAUUACGCGCAGGAAAUCAAAUAUGACGGAAAGUUCCAACAGUAUGACUAUGGGCCCAAUGGUAAUCAAAUUAAAUAUGGGACUCUAACACCACCCCAGUAUAAAUUACUCAAUAUUAAAGUUAAGACGUAUCUAAUGUACGCACUUAAUGAUUUUCUAGCGAGUUAUAUUGACGUAAUUAGGUUGUCUCAGAAUUUAACAAACAACGUUGGGAUGUAUCAAGUACCAUUACAAAGUUUUAAUCACGUUGACUUUUUAUUUGGCAAACACGCCGCCAAACUAGUCUAUGAACCGCUCAUGAAGGUGCUGCAGAAUUACACCGAGGGCGUCUAUUAAUGGCCAGUGAUUUCUUUUUUUUUAUUAUUAUUAUUGAAUAAAGUUAUACAAUAGAAA